AUGCCAUUGAUUGAGGUGAAUGAAUGCGACAAGCUCGACGCUGUGGUGCCGGACGCAGAGUUCGUGCUGUACGAAAAGAAGCUGGCGGAGCGGAAGCCGGAGUGGUCGUUCUCUAUCGUACCCGGGUUCUUCAAGCAAUCUGCUCCGGAGACAGACGACGCCACGUACGAUCCGUUGCAGGACCAUCUGGGGCUGGCCGAGGGACUUACAUGGGCUGCGGUGGUGGCCAAGCUCAGCGCCCUGAACAAGGCUGUCGCCGACCCCUCUCGGGAACGGUACAAGCUGGUUUUCGGCGCCCGACACGGUCAGGGAUACCACAACAAGGCGAUUGAAAUCUUUGGAUUAGAGGCGUGGUCUGAGGAUCUUUGCCACAAGACGGGUACGGUUGCUCCGGACGGCGAGAAGCUGGUCUGGGGACCGGACUCGUUAUUGACCGAGCGGGGAGAGCAGCAGGCCCAGCUGGUAAACGACGCCUUUCGGAAAGAGAUCACCGAGUACGAGUGUCCUAUCCCAACACAGUUAUUCUCCUCGCCGUUCACCCGAUCGGCGCAGACACUCUGCAUCACGAUGGAUGGGAUCUGCGUAAAAAACGAGAUUACGGAGCCCGACAGACCGCUGCUAGCCAAGGAGAGGUUGCAUCCGAUCAUCAAGGAGGACUUGAGAGAAACCAUCGGCGCCCACUUGUGUGACAAGCGCUCCGACAGAACGACCUUUGAGAAGCGGAUGAAGGGCUGGGGGUUUGUCUUCGAGGACGGCUUCGCCCAUGACGACAUCUACUACAAGGAUGACUGGAGAGAGCCUAUCCACCAGCAAGCCAUGAGAGCUAACUCCUUCCUACAGGACUUGUUCUCGGACACAUACGCGGCGGACGAGGUUGUAUAUUGUGCCUCACACUCCGGGGAGAUGAAGGUUCUUAUAGCUGUCACCGGCCACAGAAGAUAUACCGUUCCUACCGCAGGAAUGGUUCCGAUGUUGGUCAAGGCCGUCCGCAACUAA